AAUUUGCGCCAUCGAGAGACAGGAUAGAUAGAGAACGACACUAGAAAAGCAAGAACCGCCAACGUCCAACGUCUCUUCUCAUAUAUACCUUACCACCAUGGCUUCCGAACCCAACCAGACGUCCCUAGCCGACAAGGAGAUCAACGCCGGCAACCCUGGCGCCAACGUCAACGGCGCCUCCCCCCCCCAUCACUACGACUAUGGCGGCAACCCGCUCCUCAACGCCCACGCCGGCACCGACGCCCGGCUCCCUGCCUUCGGCGGUGAGUUCCAGCCUGGUUUGUACAAGCCCAUCGAGCACCGCAAGUUCGCCAACCCGGCCCCCCUCGGCCUGUCCGCCUUCGCCCUGACCACCUUCGUGCUGUCCCUCAUCAACUGCGGCGCCCGCGGCAUCAGCGUCCCUAGCGUCGCACUGUCUCUCGCCUACGGCUACGGUGGUCUCGUCCAGCUCCUGGCCGGCAUGUGGGAGAUGGCCGUAGGAAACACAUUCGGUGCCACUGCUCUGUCCUCGUACGGAGGCUUCUGGAUCGCCUGGGCCAUCCUGCAGACGCCCGGCUUCAACGCGCUCGGCGCGUACAGCGAUUCCGACGAGUACUCGGUCGUAGCCUUCUUCCUGCUAGGCUGGUUCCUCUUCACCACCAUACUGCUCCUGUGCACGCUGCGCUCGACCGUCAUGUUCUUCCUCCUGUUCCUGACCCUCGACCUCGCCUUCCUCAUGCUGGCCUGCGCCGACUUUGCCAAGUCCAGCUCCAACUUCGAGAGGGGCCGGCGACUCCAGCAGGCCGGCGGCGUCUUUGGUCUCAUAGCCGCCUUCCUAGCAUGGUACAACGCCUUCGCCGGUAUUGCCGAUUCUAGCAACUCCUUCUUCGUCGUCCCCGUCUUCCACUUCCCCUGGUCUGAGAAAGGUCGUGAGGCUCGCGCCAAGACUGAGCGUGAGCUCGCCUAAACUGGCCGUCGAAGGGCUUGGUAGGGCGUGGCCGCUGGUUACACG